UACUACCUUCAUAGAUAGUGCAGGGACCGCCAGCGUCACGGGCGCCAAUACCGCCCAACUUAUCGCACGCUCGUAGGAGGUACGUAGGGUAGCACAGGCAGGUAUUUUACUCGCCUGCCUGCCUGCCAUGACGGCCAAUUGGUAGCUGGGGCAGCGCGUCUCGUCUGACUUUCAACUCCUCUCCUCCCCUCCCCCAAUUCGACAUGUCCAACCAUGGCGUCAGCGCCGACGAGCUCCAGCUCGAGGCUCUUGGCCACAAGGGUGAGCUGAAGCGCCAGUUCUCCUUCAUCUCGAUGCUGGGGCUCGCCUUUGCCAUCCUCAACUCGUGGACCGCACUGUCCGCGUCGCUGUCCCUUGCGCUGCCCUCCGGCGGCGCAACAUCCGUUAUUUGGGGCCUCAUCACCGCCGGCAUAUGCAACCUCGCGCUUGCAGCCUCGUUGGCUGAGUUCCUGUCCGCGUAUCCCACGGCCGGCGGGCAAUAUCAUUGGGUAGCCGUGGUCAGCUGGAAGGCUUGGGUGCCGUCUCUGAGCUGGAUCACCGGCUGGAUCAACUGCUUCGGAUGGAUCGCGCUCGUGUGCACCGGCGGCCUGCUGGGCAGCCAGCUCAUCCUCGGCAUCAUUUCCCUGGAAAGCCCCAGCUACGAGCCGCAGCGGUGGCACCAGUUCCUGAUUUACAUCGGCUACAACAUCUUCGCGUUCCUGGUCAACGGAUUUGCCAAUUCGGCUUUGCCCUACGUCAACAAGGCCGCGAUUUCAUGGUCCAUCGGCGGCUUCGCCAUCAUCUGCAUCACGGUGCUCGCGUGCGCCUCGCCCAACUACAACUCGGCCAAGUUCGUGUUCGGCAACUUCAUCAACAGCACGGGCUGGCCGGACGGGGUGGCAUGGCUGCUGGGCCUGCUGCAGGGCGGGCUGGGCGUGACGGGCUUCGACGCGGUGGCGCACAUGAUUGAGGAGAUACCGAACGCGUCGGUGCUGGGGCCGCGCAUCAUGUGCUACGCGGUUCUGAUCGGCAUGUUCACUGGCUUCGUGUUCCUGACAUGCCUGCUCUUCGUGGCGGGCAACAUCGACAACAUCAUCGAGUCGUCGGCCGGCCCGCUGCUGCAGAUCAUCUUCCACGCGACGGGCUCGCACGCCGGCUCCAUCUGCCUGCUGAUGUUCCCGCUGGUGUGCCUGCUCUUCGCAACCACGUCCAUUCUGACGACGUCGUCGCGCAUGGUGUACGCGUUUGCGCGCGACGGCGGCCUGCCCUUCUCGCGCCACCUGGCCAAGGUGCACAAGGGGCUGGGGAUCCCGCUGAACGCGCUGCUGUUCAGCACCGCCUGGGUCAUCAUCUUCGGUCUGGUGUUCCUGGGCUCGAGCUCUGCCUUCAACGCCAUCACCUCUGCGUCCGUCGUCGCUCUCGGCGUUUCGUAUGGCAUCCCUGUCGCGAUCAACUGUCUGAGGGGCCGGCGCAUGCUGCCGCCGCGCCAGUUCCGCCUCCCGGAGCCGCUGGCUUGGUUCGCGAACCUGCUCGGCAUCGCCUACGUCCUCGUAACAACGGUCCUCUUCGUCUUCCCCCCAGACCUCCCCGUCUCGGGCACUAACAUGAACUACUGCGUCGUCGUGUUCGCGAUUGUCGUGCUCAUCUCGGGCAUCACGUGGGUGUUUGACGGGCGCAAGAACUAUGCCGGCCCCAAGCUGGAUAAGGACCUCGAGGUUAUUCAUGCCCAGAAUGUCGAGCAGGGGGAGGAGACGGUCGUUGCGGGGAAGGACGACGUUUUGGGAAAGGGGGGAUUGGUGUAGAGGUAGAGAGAUCUCGCUUCUUUUUGUUUUUUGAGUU